AUGGCUGUAGUGACAGCUGAUAAUCAUGGGCCACUUCUGAAUGUCGCUAUGUGGAUUGUAUUGGUACCCAUGGUUAUCAUAGCGUCGACCAAAAUCUAUACCAAAUACGACACUCUUCGCAAAAUCCAAAUUGAUGAUUAUUUGGGUCUCAUCGCUAUGUUGUCCUCGGUCGGUCAAUGCAUAUGCACAUCGGAACAAAUUGCUUAUGGACUUGGGCAAAAACAAGACACUAUCCUUCAGAAUGAGAUAAAUCGCUUCUACAUUGCUCAAUAUGCUGGUAACAUCAUGUAUAUCUCAGCAAUCUUUCUCACCAAGCUAUCAAGUCUUCACUUCUUUGUCUGUCUCACGAGAGAAGGAAGCAAGAAACGCCGAUUGAUUCAUAGAAGCAUUCUCUGGAUUGGAAUAUGGAGCUUGAUCAGUAUUGUUGUGAUCGCUCUGCAAUGCCAGCUCCCAGAUCCUUGGGAGUAUGAGCCGGGGAAAUGUAUCAAUGUUGUAAGAUACCUCCAAGUCUCCAAGUUCUGUAUCCUAACCUCAGUCACUGUUCCACAGAGAGUCUUUUGGACAGUCAACGCGGUAGUGGAUUCGCUGACUCAAGUGUUCAUUGGUCUGCUUCCUGUGUAUAUUUUGAAUGCUCUAAAAAUGGAGGAUUCCAAGAAAAGAUUGACAAUACUUUUGUUCUCGCCGAACCUUUUCCCGUUUGUAUUCCGUAUCAAAAGACGUGUGACUAAUUCAACCAUCAAUAAUAGGACCUUGCCCAUUCUUAUUCUUCGCAUAAUCUAUCUUUAUAACACCAUUGAUUCUACAAACUAUACAUGGGAUUCAUUUAACUUGGCUUUGAUGACAAACCUGCACUCUUCCUUCACAAUUAUAUUGUCCUGCGUACCCUUCUCCAAAUCCAUCAUCGACAGUCUCAUCGUCGCACCGCAUAUCAUAACGGACACGACAAGCGAGGUCCUCUCAACUGAUCGGCUAAAAGGUGCAGGAAGGGGGAACAAAUCUUACAUCAGAGGCACUUCACACUUCUUAAGCGGAGGUGCAACUAGGACAACUACAAUAGUAACUGUUUCUGGAGGUGAAGCACAAGAAUUGAACGAGUAUAUCAGCCGUGCCGAGAGCCAAGAAAGGAUGAUCUCAGGGUCAACAAGCCCGGCUACAAGCAAAGCUGAAUGGCACUCAUAA